AUGAAGUUUUCGGCUACCAUCAGCGCCGCUCUUUUGGCCAGCGGUGUCGUUGCUGCGCCUACUCCUGGACUCGUCAGCAGCAUUCUCGGACUCCUCACCAACGACCUCAAUCAGCUAUUGAACUCUCUCGGCAUCAAGAUCCAGGUCAAUGGCUACCAGCACGGUGCCACCGUCAAGUACCACAGCCAGUGCCCUUUCACUAUCAACCCGGUCCCCGUUGUCAACAAGACCAACAGCCACGACCUCAGCUUCCCCAAAUCCUCCGGCUUCAUAGACUGGAAGACCUUCAAGGCCAAUGGUGCUAACCUCGGUGGAUGGCUGGAGAAGGAGCAGACCCACGACCCCAUCUGGUGGUCUGCUGUUGGUGGCGACGGUGCCCCUGAUGAGUGGACUCUGUGCCAGAACCUUGGGAGCAAGUGCGGCCCUGCCCUCGAAGAGCGCUAUGCGUCUUUCUUGAACACCACCACCAUCGACCAGAUGGCUGCCGUUGGUGUCAACACUCUCCGCAUCCCCACCACGUACGCCGCCUGGGUCCAGGUCCCCGGCUCUGCUCUCUACCACGGCAACCAGCAGCAGUACCUCAAAACCAUCUCCGACUACGCCAUCAACAAGUACGGCAUGCAUAUCAUCAUCGGCCUGCACUCCCUCCCGGGUGGCGUCAACAACCUCGACAUCGGCGAAGCUCUAAUGCACGACGGCUGGUUCUACAACUCGACGAACCUAGACUACUCGUUCCGCGCCGUCGACGGCAUCCUAAACUUCAUCAAGAACAGCGGCCAAAUGUCCUCGUACACCAUCGCGCCCAUCAACGAAGCCUCGGACAACCUCGCCGGCUUCGGCACGCCCGCGGGCCUAUCCGUCAACGCCACAAACUGGAUCAACACAUACCACUCGGGCGUGUUAAAGAAGAUCGCAAAAGUAGACGCCCGCAUCCCCAUGAUGAUCCAGGACUGCUUCCAAGGCGCCUCCUACUGGUCGCCCUUCUACCCCGACGGCACUAACAUUGUCUUCGACUCGCACGUCUACUACUUCGCCGCCGCCGGCGCCUACAGCCAGUACAUCAACCCGGCCAUCUGCGGACAAGCCACGUAUCUGGCGGAAGAAACAAAGUUCCCCGUCUUCGUCGGCGAGUGGAGUCUGCAGACCAUGUACAACAACACGCUUGCGAGCCGCAAGGCCCUGUUCGACACCCAGCGCUUCGCGUGGAACAAGUAUGUCUCCGGCGGCACGUUCUGGACCGCUGUUUCCUACUCGACGGCCAAGGUCGACGGCGAGGGCACCCAGCGCGAGUAUUGGUCCUACAUCGAUUUGAUCAACCAGGGCGUCAUCACGCUGGCUACGAAUGCUUCGUACUGCUAG